AUGGAAUCUGUCAAAGACUUCCCUAGAAUCACCUCAGUAGUUAGACUCAAAGUUAUGAUAAUCUUGGCAGUCUCAACUGUUACAUUUGGAAUUUGGUACAUGUGGGGUCUUAGCCUAAACGAAAUAGGUCAGUAUAUUUCAAACUACCAAAACCUAGCAAUAUGGAAUAUGGUUAAACAGCCUGUUUAUUAUCCAAACUUCAAAGUUUUCAGAAAUGACGUAAUGAUUGGGCGUCUUCUGUUAAAUAAAACCAAGAAACAUGAAAUUAUCAUCUACGGGCGGAUGUUGGCAGAUAUGAACAAAGAUGUAACAAGUUGUCCAGUGAACAAUUGUGUUAUUCAUACUGAUACAACUCGUUGGAUUCAAAGUGAUCUUAUUUUAAUUCCAAACAGACAAUUUCCUUCCGGAAAGCGUCCACAUCAACAGGCUUGGGUGGCAUUUGAGUAUGAAUCAGCACUCCAUACUCGAUUUAGUGAUGAACUUAAUGAUAAAAUUAACUUCACUGCAUCAUAUCGAUUUGAUUCAACUAUUCGCACACCUUAUGGAAUGUAUACACCGAAUGAACCUAAAACAGACGAUAUCAAUAAAACAAUCCAUUCGACAAAAUUGGAGAAUAUAGCGAAAGGAAAAGACAGAGCUGUUGCCUGGAUAGUGAGUAACUGUUAUCCUAGGAGUCCAAGAAAUGUUUAUGCAAAUGAACUGGCUAAAUAUAUUACAGUUGAUGUGUAUGGUCGAUGUGGUCGGAUGACCUGCUCUGGUUCGCAAUGUUUUAAUUUGGUACGGAAACAUUACAAGUUUUACCUGAGUUUUGAAAAUUCACUAUGUCAAGAUUAUAUAACAGAAAAGUUCUUCUUCAACGCACUAAUGAACAAUGCAUUACCCAUAGUUAUGGGUGCCUCGAUUGAGGAGUAUCAGAAGGUUUCACCACCUCAUUCUUUCAUUCAUGUGGAUCAAUUUGAGAAUCCGAAAGAACUGGCCAAAUAUCUGAAGUACCUUGAUAAAAAUGACACUGCAUACAACGAAUAUUUCGCUUGGCAUAAAAGGGGUGUUGUAACUGUAUGGUCGUUCAAGCCGGAGUGUGAAUUUUGCAUACUUGCAAAUGCUCUUCCUUACUUCGAGCCAACUAUACAUGAAAACUUUAUAUUUUGGUGGAAGGAUGGAUGUAAAAACAGAACAUUAAGAUGGAAUAAAGCUCUUUAA